GUUUGUAGGUUAUGUAAUCAUUAUUUGGAAUAAAUACCUGGAAUUUUUCGUCAUAUAUAAGAAAAAAUACAACCAGGAAACUUUAAAAACAUAUUACGGGUUAAAUUUUAAUUUUAUAAAUAAAUGUUAAAAGAAAUCAUAAGGGAAAACUGUAGUAGUUUUGCUGAAUCUAUGAACAGGAGAGUGCUACCGAGGGUCCUCUUACAAGCAGACCGUGCUUUGGUUUUCUUACUACUCAUAGUUACUUUUUUAAUGAAGUGCCUUGAUUCACAGGAGAUAUAUAAAAAAUAUUUUACGUUGAAGAGAUUGCAAUAAAAAUGGAAGUUGGUCCGGAAAAAUAUAAAAACAUCGACCAGCCGUCUUAUAUUAAACCUGAAGAAAUUCAAAUAAAACUGGAAAAUGGUCUGGAGGUGCAGGAGACAUAUGAAAACAUCGAUAAUCCAUCUUAUAUUAAACUAGAAGAAAUUGAAAUAAAACUGGACGAUGGUCGGAAUGCACAGGAGAAAUAUAAAAGUGUUGAUAUUUCGGCUUAUAUUAAAUCUGAAGACAUUGAAAUAAAGAUAGAGGAACAUGAUAAAGAUGGUGAUUCCACUUCAUACAACCUAGAUGAUGAAUCAAUUAAAAACAAAAGAAUGAGCAUUUCAGAGAAUAUAGGAGAAAUAAAGAGUGACAACAGGCUUAAAUGUGAAAGAGCAUUUAAUGAAAAUAUUACAUCGAUAUCAGUUCACAAUGAAAUACCCAAAAGUCAAAAGCUUAUAUUUCAAACGUAUGAACCUACAUUAGACAUGCAAUUCCACCUUUACGACGGUAAAUAUGAAACAAAACGUGAGGCGAGUCUCAAACGGCAUUGUUUAAUACAGAAUAGCCCUUCAAAAGUACAAACGUACAAGUGUGACACGUGUGGUUUUGAAAGCAAUUAUAAAGCAAGUCUGAACCGACAUCAAUCAAUACAUAAAGAUCUCUCACAAGUGAGAACGUUUAAGUGUGAUACAUGUAGUUACGAAACUGAAUAUAAGGGUAAUCUGAAAACGCAUCAAUUAAUGCACAAAGACCAUCUGAAAAUCCAGAUGUACAAGUGUGACGUAUGUAGUUAUGAAACUAAGUACUCCAAAUGUCUAAAAGUGCAUCAGUUAAUACACAAAGAUUCCUCGGAAAUCCGAAUAUACAAAUGUGAUAGUUGUAAAUAUGAAACCAAAUAUAGGGGGCAUUUAAGAGUGCAUCAGUUAAGGCACAAAGACCCUUCGGAAAUCCAAAUGUACAAGUGCAAUGCAUGUAGUUAUGAAACCAAGCACAAGAAUCAUCUAAAAGAUCAUCAGUUAACGCAUAAAGACCCGUCAAAGAUUGAAAUGUACAAAUGCGAUACUUGUACUUAUGAAACGAAAUAUAAAAGUGGCCUAAAAGUGCACCAAUUAAAACACAAAGAUAUUUCGGAAAUCCAAAUCCACGUAUGUGAUAAGUGUAGUUAUAAAACUAUUUUUAAGAGCAGUUUAAAAACGCAUCAGUUAAUACACAAAGAUACAUCGGAAAUACAGAUGUACAAGUGCGAUGUUUGUACAUACGAAACUAGAUACAAGAAUAGUCUAAAAGUGCAUCAGUUAACACAUAAAAAUCCUUCAGAAAUCCAAAUGUACAAGUGUGAUGUCUGUAUUUACCAAACUAAAUAUAAGUCGGAUCUACAGAAGCACAAGUUUUCACACAAAAACCCUUCAGAAAUCAGAUUGUACCGGUGCGAUAUGUGCGGUUACGAGACUAAUUUUAAAAGUAGUUUAAAAACACAUCAGAUAAUACACAAAGAUUCGUCAGAUGUCAAAAUGUACAAAUGCAAUACUUGUACUUUUGAAACUAAAUAUAAGAAUGGACUGAAAGUGCAUCAGUUACUACACAAAGAUCCGUCGGAAGUCAAAAUGCACAAGUGCGGUAUGUGUAGUUAUGAAACUGAUUUUAAGAGCGGUUUAAGGAUACAUCUGUUAAUACACAAAGAUUCUUGAGAUGUCAAAGUGUACCUAUGAUACAAAACAUAAUCAUCUAAAAUUGCAUUGGACAACAAUUUUUCAUAAAUCCUCAUGUACAAGUGUGAUGCAUGUAAUCAUGAAAUUAAAUGUAAGAGGGAUCUGAACAAACAUCAGUUAAAAACCCUUUAGAAAUCAAAUUGUACAAAUGAUUGAUGAAAUAAAAUUUGUAUUCCAAAUAAACUGUAACUAGUAGUGAUUAUUGAUUUUCAAAGUACCAUUCCCCAAUCAAAUCUAUAUAUUU